AUGGCGGCCACUACCAACGUCAAGGCGUCUCUGGAGAUUACCAAGGGUGCUACUGCUACCGACCCAAUUCCAAUCGACACCAGCUCUACAGGUUCUAUCAACGAUGAGCACACCAACCUUUUGGGUCCUUUCCCUACUGAGGAGGAGUGGGCCACUCUUCCCAGGGUUGCCGGUCGCAUUCCAUGGCAAGCAUGGACUGUAGCUGCUGUUGAAUUCGUCGAGCGCUUCAGUUACUACGGUACCAGUGCCGUCUUCGUUAACUUCAUCCAGAAGCCACUUCCCCCUGGCUCCAAGACGGGUGCUGGAUUUCUCAAGAAGCCCGGUAGCGGUGCCCUAGACAUGGGACAACGUGCUUCGACCGGUCUUACAAUGUUCAACCAAUUCUGGUCCUACAUCACACCUCUUGGCGGUGCCUGGCUAGCUGACGAGUACUGGGGACGUUACAACACCAUCCAGUACUCGAAUCUUAUCGCUCUCAUUGGCCAUGUCAUUUUGAUCAUGUCUGCCAUCCCCGCCGUCAUUGUCAAGCCCAAUGUCUCCAUCGGUAUCUUCGCUGUCGGUCUCGUCAUCAUGGGUAUCGGAACUGGUGGUUUCAAGAGUAACAUCUCGCCGCUCAUUGCCGAACAGUACAAAGACCAGAAGGCCUACGUCCGCGUCAAGAAGAACGGAAGCAAGGAAAUUGUCGAUCCCGCUACCACCACUGCGCGUAUAUACAUCUACUUCUACUUCUUGAUCAACUGUGGUUCUAUCUGUGGUUCUCUUGCCAUGGUUUACUCAGAGCACUUCGUUGGUUUCUGGCUUUCAUACACACUGCCGACUAUCUGCUACCUACUAUGUCCGAUCAUUCUCAUCACCAUGAAGAAACACUACAAGCUCUCGCCACCCACUGGAUCUGUUAUGGGCAAGGCUUUCAAGCUGAUUGGUCUCGGCAUCAAAAAGUCACCCCGCAAGAACACAUUCAAGGAUGAUGGUUUCUGGGACAGGAUCAAGCCUAGUGCCCUUCGCGCUAGUGGUGAGAGCGUCCCUGACUGGAUGACCUUUGACGAUGCCUGGGUCGACGAAGUCAAGCGUGGUAUCCUGGCCUGCAAGGUUUUCCUUUGGUACCCUCUGUACUGGCUCGCGUACAAUCAGAUGACCAACAAUCUUGUGUCUCAAGCCAACACCAUGAACCUCGGAAAGACACCGAACGAUAUCGUCUCGAAGUUGAACCCCAUCUUCAUCGUUAUCCUCAUCCCAAUCAUGGACUUCCUCAUCUACCCCGGUCUGCGCAAGGCUGGUGUCAACCUCUCGCCCAUCAAGAAGAUCACUGCUGGAUUUGCACUUUCUUCGUUCGCCAUGGUGUCUGCCUGUGUCAUUCAGUACUACAUCUAUAAGAUGUCGGCAUGUGGUGAUAACAUUAAUGCCCUUAGCAAGACCCGCGAUGACUGCAGUGCCGACAUCUCCGUCUGGGUCCAAGUCUUCCCCUACGGUCUGAUUGGCAUGUCUGAAAUUCUGGCAUCUAUCACCAAGCUUGAGUACGCGUACACUAAGGCACCCAACAACAUGAAGUCUACCAUCCAGGCUGUCGCUCUCUCCACCUCUGCUGUCUCCGCUGCUCUUGGUCAGGCCUUUGUCAGUCUGUCCGAGGACCCACUUUUGGUAUGGAACUAUGGUUCUGUCGCUGUUAUUGCCAUGUUUGGUGGCAUCGGUUUCUACAUGACCUUCCGCAAGGCCGAUGCUCAAGAAGAUGCUAUGAACAACAUGAAGGAGAGCAAAUACAUUGGCGGUCGUGAGGUUGGUGACGCUGAAAACGUCGAGACUCUUAGCGUGAGGGACGUCAAGAACGAGAAGAGUGGCUUGUAA